GUGACCGCAGAGACGUUUCGCCUCCCAGGAAGUGAUUCCCACCGCAAACUCUCAAAGCAGUGUGUGCUCAUUCCGCGGUUUGAUGGCGCAGAUACAACGCUGGAUUAACGACGGACAAAAUCAUGACGAGAGUAACCGUGUUGUUUAGAAAGUCGCAUUUCUCUGCAACGCGACGUCCGGUCGCGUCUUUGGGUGUUCCUGGUUGGCGUUACCAUAGAAACAGAGAGAGCGCGGCCUCGGUGUGCGCGCGCUGCUACAAAGUUUGGAAAACUAGCUGAAGUUGAACAAAGACGAACUUGACUCCAUCUGAACGACUUUUUUAACACCACAAAAAGCAAUAAACUACAGGAGCUGGAUUCACAGACAGAAUCAAUCGGCGGCGGACAUUGUUUAAAAAAAAGUUCACGCGCGCGUGAACAGGCGAUCGAUCGGUGUGAUGGCCGACGGAUCCUCGCGUGACUGCAGCCUUUUGCUGCUUGAGAUGCAGAAGAAACGCCGCGAGGAGGAAGAGCUUCAAACAAAGACCGAGCAGCGCAGUCAGAUGUUGGAGAGCUUGCAACAGCGUACAAAUGAUUUGCAAGUGGAGAUUAAGAAAACAAGUGAUUUACGCUUAAGUUUUGAUACGUUUCUGAAGGUAGAAGAUGCUGAUCGAGCUGCUGCAAAAGCAGAGAAGGCGAGGAAAGAGGUGCUUCAGCUGGAUGCAGAGAUAGAGAGGCUGAGGCUGGUGUAUGCUGAGCUGAUGGAGAGGAAACAGCAGCAACAGCGUCAGAUACAAAGACACGGUGCAUAUAGGGACUUUAUGGUGCGGGUGGUCAGGAUGACUAAGUUUGAUGAUGUGCGGGAGCUCACGGGUCAUAUAGAGAGUCUUCUCCACUUCGAAGACCAUUUCUGUAAGAGGGAGAAUAAGGCGUUUCAACGGGUCGACCAGCUGAAAAAAACUCUGCUGACACUAAAGGACAAUCAUCCUUUGCUGCGGCUGCAGAAGAACAACCAGCUGUCCCAGCUCCAGACCGAGAUAGAGAAGACCCGCUCUGAAGCUCUCUCAUGGGACAGGAAGUGGAACCACAUUCAGGAGACAGCAGCAAAGAAAACCCUCUUGCUAGGACGGAUUAAGAUGGCGACCCUUAACCUCUAUGAAAUGACGCAUGACACAGUAGAAGAAGACAAAGCUGUGAAUAUGAAUGACACAGAGAAACAGCUCGAUAAGGUCAAGAUGUUCAUCCAGGAACAUGAGGGCAUCAUGAAACAACAUCAAACUCAAUCCCAGAAACAUGAUGGACGGUACAAAAAACACGUCAAAGUGCAUAAAGCACAUUUCAACUAGCUCAUCGCCGGGUACUUUGAUUUCUGCUUCAAUGCCUAGCUCCUCUUCUUCUGACGACAAAUGAAUAGUAAGUGCAGACAUGUGCCCAUUCCAAACAUGAGGUACCAUAAUGCCCCCCUGAGGCCAUGAAGGAACACAGCAACUUCCUCACCCAACAAAUCAACAAGUCACUCCUCACUGGUGGGGAACCUCACUGGUUCCCCACUGGUCAAGCCCCCCCUCCCGGGUUGUACCUCCUUUGUUUUUAAUUAAUAGCAUCAUGAUGUAUAAACCUUAUAAAAUGUUAUUUCGUUCUAUAAAUAUAUACAGUACCAGUCCGAAGUUUGGAUUAAUUUUCUCAUUCAAUUCAAUGAUGAAGUGUGUUCUCUCUCUCUCUCUCUCUCUCUCUCUCGCUGGGAGUGUCAUUGGAACACAGUUCCGCUUUAUUUCAUUUUCUUUAGUUUUUAUUAGGUGCAACCAUAUAAUAUGGUGCCCUAUCUUUACCACAUAUUUGCAAUUUUAUUUAUUAUCAUUCUAUUUUGCUUUACCUUGUAUCUGAAUGUGAAUCUCCCCAUUGUGGGACUAAUAAAGGAAAAUCUUAUCUUA